AUGCCCGCCUUCAACCUGCAGACCUGUGCCAGGUCAAACAUUCUCGCGCUGGAGCCGUACCGGUGCGCUCGCGAUGACUACAAAGAUGACGGCACGAACAUCCUUCUGGACGCCAACGAGAAUGCUUACGGCCCCGGCUUGGCCCUCUCGGGUGACGGCAAGCUGAGCAAUACGGCCAGCGACGCGGCAGAGAGGAAUAUUGAGGUGGACUUCUUGGGAUUGAACAGAUACCCCGACCCGCACCAAGAACCCCUCAAGCAGCUCCUCUGCAACCUGCGCAACACCAACACUCACACGAGCAAGUCGAUCACGCCCUCCAACCUCUUCGUUGGCGUCGGGUCCGACGAGGCCAUUGACGUUCUGCUGCGCGCCUUCUGCGUUCCUGGCCGCGAUAAGAUCCUCACCUGCCCUCCGACCUAUGGCAUGUACAGCGUGUCGGCUUGCGUCAACGACGUGGGUAUUGUCAAGGUGCCGCUGCUCGCGGAUCAGGACUUUGCGCUUGACCCGGCCAGCAUAAACGCCGUGCUGAGCAGCGAGGAGGGCAAGAACAUCAAGAUGGUGUACAUUUGCAGCCCGGGCAACCCCACGGCCGCGCUGGUGAAGAAGGAGGCUGUACAAGCCGUGCUCGAGCACCCGACAUGGAACGGCGUUGUCGUCGUCGACGAGGCUUACAUCGACUUUGCGCCCGAGGGCGCCUCGCUCGCGCAGUGGGUAACCGAGUGGCCGAACCUAGUGGUGAUGCAAACACUAUCCAAGGCCUUCGGCCUGGCAGGCAUCCGUCUGGGCGCGGCCUUCACGUCGCCCGAGAUUGCGCGCCUGCUCAACAGUCUGAAGGCGCCGUACAACAUCAGCAACCCGACGUCGCAGAUUGCGCAGGCAGCACUGGCACCGAAACACCUGGCAGUGAUGCGCGCAAACGUGACCAACAUCCUGACGCAGCGCGACCGGCUGCUGCGCGAGCUGCCAGGCGUGCCCGGUAUCGGGCGGUUCCGCGGCGGCGCCGAGUCCAACUUCCUGCUAGUCGAGGUGCUGGACGCGCCGGCGGACCAGAGCGGCAAGCCUGACAACGAGGUUGCGCUUAAGGCGUACGAAGGCUUGGCCGAGGAGAAGGGUGUCGUUGUCCGCUUCCGUGGCAAGGAACUCGGUUGCACUGGCUGCUUACGUAUCACAGUUGGUACGGAGGACGAGUGCACCCGCUUCUUGGAGAGCUUGCGCCAAGUGCUGGACAAGAUUUACGCGGGCAAGACCAAGGUGGGCGGCCAGGGCGAGGAGAAGAGAGAGAAGGCUGCCAGCGGCGUUGUCGCGUAA